CAAACCAACCGGUUGACCGAGUUACCGAGUUGACUCACCGGGCCGAGACGGCGGAGGGUGGCGGCGACUUACCGGAAAAUCAACGGCGGCGACGGCGGAGAGGCGGCAACGCGGCAGCACCUUUUCGGCGGCGAACAGACGGUGGCCGGUCACGGAGGCUCCGGCGAACGGUGGUCAGAGACGAUUCCCGGUGGCGGCGCGUGGACGACACGUGCGCGGACGUCGAAACUUUGGACGGCGCGUACAGUUUUGUCCGAACUCCGAUUGCGGCGUGGUUGGUGGCUACGGCUUCGUCUCGGCGAGGGGAACACGAUGGUGGUCUUAAAUUAUAAACAUUUAUUGAAUUUUUUAAUAAACGUGACACUUUAGAAAAUCUUACUUUCAGAAACCGAUGGAAUACAUAUUAGUAUGUCAUUUUAUCAUUUUUUUUGAAAUUAAUGUGAUAAUGACACAUAGCAAAUCAAUUAUCAAAUCAAUACAAUACUAAAAGGGGAAUAAGGGCUCCCCUCAUGCUUCCACGUCAUCACAAAUAAUCAGCCAAUAGGAAACCACUGAUCAGCCACGUCAGAUGCAGCGCGCAUUGCAUUUGGGCCUCACAUCAAAUCGGCCCGAUAGUGUUUGAAAUCCGAAAGCCCGGAGAGUCCAUGUAUCGGUGAAGUCUUCUGUGCGAUCUUCGAUCCCCUUUGUCUUCCUGUUCCGUCGAUUCCCUUUUUCUUCCUCUUCUCCGUUUAUUACGUUUCACAAAUCUUUAUCGUGGACGAUCAAUUUUAUCCCCACUCUACUGAACUUUAAAUCUCACUAAUGGAUCUUUAUCACUUUCUCCGUCCAGCUAUCGAUUUCAAGGGCAUGAUGUCGGGAUUUCGCCAUGCCGGUGUGUCCAAGAUCGGCGUUGGAUCCAUCACCUGUUACCGCCAGAUCCGCCGCCUACGGAGUUGUCCCGCGGCCUUAAACGGUGGCUCUGAAACAGAGACCAACUCCGAAACCCUAGCUUCACGGAUCUGCUCAAGCCUCCAAUCGUCGCUUAGGUCUGAGAAUCACAAGCAGACGCACUCCCAAGACGGCGGGGAAUAAGCUGGACCGAAGAGAAACAAACGAGAGAGAACCGCCAUCCCUCACCGUAGAUUCGUCGACACCAUCUCCGUCCAGCUACGACCUCUGAACUUCAUCACUUAUUAAUUCAAUCUCCAUCAAUCAUCAAUCAUCUUCGCCACCCUUAGCAUUCAGAAGUAUCUUCUGAUUAGCCAAUUAUAGCAGUGGAUCUCCCAAAUUCCUUUUAUCUCGCGUUUUCAGCGGUACUCAUGCCAGCCACCGUGAUAACUAUCUCACUGGUGUCUUUGUUGGGGACUGUCCACGUUUAGGGUACAUCAAAGUUUAGAAAUUUGACGGAGUCAUUGCAUAUACACUUGGUGGAGUGCAGUCCCGCGUUGCAGAAACUUCAGCACCAGAACCUGAAGUGCACAGAAGAAAGUAGUUUGGAGAAGAAAGCUAUAAGUUCACUAGCUGGGACACCUGUGCACUGGCACGCUACUCUUGAAGAGGUACCAUCAGGAGGUAUGCAUGUUUGUUACAUUUACUUAUUGAGAAUCUCUUAUGAGGCUCUUGGCUUAAUAUAGCAACAGUCAACGUCGUAAGCAAUGAAAAAUAUGAUGAUCUGCAUCGUUCCUCAUUGUAUCUAUUGUUCUCUUUUGCUUGCCUUGGAAGUACCAACAAUAAUCAUAGCUCAUGAGUUCUAUGAUGCUCUUCCAGUUCAUCAGUUUCAGGUUUGUGUGAUUUGCAAUAUAGUCUUCUCAUUUUUCCAGCUUGUGCUUCUCUUUCUGGUUAUUUUCUAUGUUCUGUGUAUGUUGCUUUCAAAGCAGUUCAUCUUGAAGAAACAACAUGAAGCUCUCCAGAAGCAACAAGGUCAGUCUUACGCACCUAAUGAAGAGAUGGAUGAGAGUCUUCAUGUAGCGACAAGUGGACGAUCACAUGGGCAUGGGGAGUUUGAAUUCAGCGAGAUCUUUGUGCAUCGGUUUUUUCACACCAUAGAAUUUUUUGCUUAGAGCUGUUUCCAACACCUCUUCUUACCUGCGUAUAUGGGCUCUCAGUCUUCACACUCGGAGAUAUCGUCAGUCUUCUAUGAGACUAUGAGAAGGUCGCCCUUCUCGCUUGGGGUACAACAAUGUGUUGAUCCUGAUCGUUGGGAUCAUUGUUUUCAUAUUGUGGGAUUGCUGCUGGUUAUAGAGACACUGAGCACGUUCCUUCGCGCACUGCGUCUCCACUUGGUGGAGUUUCAGAACAAAUUCUACGCUCAUUUCUCUUUCGUUCUCACCGGAAACAAAGACGAUUGAUAGGGAUGAAUGAUUGUUCCAUUCCUAUCCCAUUCUCUGCAAAAUUUGCAUAUAUAAAAAAGGAACAAGACAAACCAAGUUUUAUUUAUUUUCUGCGAAUAUAUUUUUCCCCUUCCACUUUCAGGGUGGGCAGAAUUAAAUAUGUUUAUUUUGUUUGCCUGUCUGGAGAUUAGAUUUUUUUAAACAACAGUAGAGAAGGGGCUAAUGGAAUUUGUAUAAGGCACAAUCCUUUUUGCGAGAGUCAAUCCUUUUUGAUGAGGUCCUAUAACAAAUUAAGGUGAGAGCCUGAGAGAGUUUGGCAUAUUAACUUUGCUUAGGGUUUUGUUUUUUUUCUUCAUCUGUUUUAGGAGUUGAAUAAUAUUUUGACAGACUUGAGUGUGCCAGUCUUUACUUAUGAGAUAUUAUGUGUGUUGAGCCAAAUAAAAUGUGUUUUGGUUCUAUACACGUGAUUGAAUAUUUCUCUUCUUUUUUUUUUACAUUUUGUGUGGAAGUACAUUUGCUUAUUGUUAGCUUGAGGUUCAGUUUCUAAUGUCACUCAGAUCACAAUGGAAUAAUAUAUAACAUUUCAGAUUUGCAUAUUUGAAAUUUUUUGCAGCAAAUUAAACGUACUGUCUGGUCUUAUACAAAAACAAACUUCUCUAUUCAAAUAGAAACAUUAGAUUUCUUCAGGUGCAAAAAGCUGAUGUGGUGUGAAAUUUGUUGAUUAUGAUCUGUUUUUAACGUAAAAUGUACAUUUAGUAGUCACACAGUAAGUUAAAGUGAUCAACCUUCUCUCAUUUUCAGUUACCACAAUUGGUUAAGAAUGGAUUAGUAAUAAUAUAUUCAAAUUUAAACGAUUUUGUAACUGUCAUAGUGGUAAAAAAUAAAAAGGGAAUAUCUAAAUUAGAUUUCUUACAUUAAUCAAUUUAUUUAUUUUUAUGUGUUAAAAUGUUGUUUGGAAAUCAUAUCCUAACUUUAAUUAGGAAGAAGUUAAAAAUUUAUGAAUGGUGCUAUUGUUAAAAAUUCUUAAAAAAAAACGGAGUUUGUCAAUAAAAUCGUACCACAAGUUAUGUAAGUUUGGUUGAAUAUCUAAAAAUUAAGACAUGGAAGGAGUCACUGGAUAUCAAUACAAAGAUUCAUGUUUUGCCUCUAUAUGCAUAAUUAAUAUAUAUAUAUAUAUAUAUAUAUAUAUAAACAUACCUGAAGCGAAAAAUAAAUAGAUUUUGAUUAAAUGAAAAAAAGUUUCACAUCAAAUUUGUAGAAACAUAGAUAUAAAGAAGCUUAAGGAACAAAAGUAAUCACUAAAUUACAUAUUAACUUAAAAUUUGUAAAAUCUUACAAUAUUUAUUUAAAAAUGUUUGCUAUAAUAACGUCUCCUUCCAUAUAUAUUAACAAUCAUGCGUACUCAGUUGCGGUAACAAAGAACAUAUGAAAAAAAUUGUAUGAAAAAAAAAUGAGAAAACGCUAUUUUGAACUAAAUGCUUAAAAGUCAUAAAAAAUGGAUAGAGAGAGAUGUAAUCUCCAUAAAUGUGCAGAGCAAUGUGUAGAAACUACAUGACAUUUUUUUGUCAAUGCAAAAAGAUACAAUCUUGACAUGAAUAUAAAAACGGAUCACAGUAUAACCCCAACAUAAGAAUACAACCCAAUUUAAUAACAAAAUACACACCUAGGAUAUUAUUUUCUUAACUUAAACUCCAGAAAAGUCUACAUAAAAAGUUCAUCAAUCACAACAAUGCUAAAAACACGUAAAAAUAAUGAAAUAUAAUAAAUAAUUGAGAUUUAUAGAAAUAGUUGUCAAAUGUUGAUCUUAAGAUUAUUUAGGUUUAUGAAUGCUUUUCCAUAUUUAGAGUGAAAGCUAUAAGCACAAAAUAUGAUUUUUUUUAAGAUGACACGUAUUAGAUGACAUACAUUUGGAAGACUAUUAAACUAUAUUAUAAUUUUACAAUACAUUGUAACAGUUUUAGUGUCACUUUUAAGUAUUAUAGCAAAUCUUAUUUUGAAUCUCAUAUGAUCCAGUCAAGAGAGGUCAUGUUAAAUCCUCGCAUUUUCCCUUGGUUUCAGGACAUAACUAAUGAUAUAUUUUCAAGAUUACUAUGGUUGGAGUCUUGGAGUAUUGAACAUGUUAUUCCAAGGAGGAAUAUACAGUGUUACAUGCGAGAAUAGGGCAUCACUCCUACAUUGAUGUGGCUGGUCCAGCUUGGUUGCAUUCGAUGCUUGCUCAAGAAAGCGGAAAUGCUUGAAACCCGUAUCUACCAUCAAACAUCUACCAACAACAUCAUAUGAAGCAGGUAAAAGAAUAGACACACACGAUGUAAGAGCUUAUUUAGAGAUACUGGUGAUUCCAUGAUUACAAACAAUUUUGAAUUCAUUAGAGAAUAAAACAUACGAUGAAGCGUGAUAGUGAAUUUGUUGAAGAAGACAAAGUAGUGAUUGCUCAUUAAGAAGUCCAUGAUGCUGCGUUUGGAGGAUGUGCCAGAAAGAGAGAAGACGACGGUAAAGAAGCAAAAGAAAAUGUUGAAAAUGGUAGCCAAGGCUUUGGGUGCGCUAGAGAGGACAAAGAGACACAAACUAGCUCAGUGAGUAAAUCAUGCCGAAAAAUUACUUGUGAUAUAGUUUGGAAUUGUAAUAUGCAGAACAUGAUCGUAUUAUUAUCGUGAGAAAUUAUGUACUUGUGUUUUGUCUCAGUUCCACCAUGUUAGUUUAUUGCAGUGUUCUUUGUACUCUUUACAUUACUUGGCCUUUAACCGGAAUUACAUCUUUGAUCUAAAUGUACAAUCUUUAAUUUAGGUAUUUAAACAAUCGGAAAGAAACUAACAAAAGAAAGACUUAGACUUUAACAAAGAGAAGUAGAAUGAAGAGAUGAACCACACAAGAUAAAAAAAGGAAAAAUCAGUUAAUGAGCUUUGGCCUUCUCUUUAAAUACACCUACAAGAUUAACCGUCUUUGUAAGACCAGUUUUACUUGCUUUGGAAAUUGUUGAUAGAGCUCCAUCUUUCUUGGAAAAGGCAAAUAAGAUUUGUAUAGGAUUAAGGAAAUUUGACAAAACCAUCAAAGAAGACAAACUAAUACCACAUUAAACAAUAACGACCAACAAACGUUUUAAAAUUUCUGUUCACAAAAGAAUAAAUAAAGAUUAAAAAUCAAAAUAGUAUAUGGUGUUUACGAAAACAAAUAUUAAAGACUCGAAGUAAGAAAAAAACUAAUCGUCUAAAUCACAAAAAAAUUUAAAUGGAAAUUAAAAUAAUAAGGCUAUAUCGAAUUAGAAAUCAUUUUUAUUUUUAAUUUGCGAUAUUAGUACAAGAUUGUUGAAUGUUUUUACUGGACAUGAAAAAAAUAAUAAGAUAAUAAUGUUUUUGGAUCAUAGUUUUGGACUGAAAAUAUAUUCAAAAUUCCCCUAAUUAGUAUAUACAAUUCAUUUUUAAUAACAGCAUUAACAUGAUUGUAGUUUAAAAAAUAGUAAUUUUAAAACAAACUAAUAUAUAAUAAUAAAAUUUAAAUAAAUAGUGAUAUAUUUAGAAUAGUUUGAUUAUCAUUUUACACUGAAUUUUAAUCCAGAAUAAUAUUUUAACUAUAGCUAGAUUUUAAGAUAUUUUUGUUUAUAACUAAUACAAUAAUAUAGUAAUAAUAAUUCCUGACAAAAAAUAGUAAUAAUAAUAUUUUAUAGAAUUUUCAGUGUAUUUAAGACAUACAACAUUUUUAAAAGUUUUUUAAUUUAAAGCAAUGAGUAUUUAAAUUAGCCUUAUGUAUUAUAAUUGUAAAAAAUUUGAUUAUAAUCGUAAGAAAAUAUAUUUUAAAAGAUUAAAUUGCAUAUAAAUAAAAACAUAAUUAUGAUAUAAAUAAUACAUAUAACAAAGAAAUAUGUGAUGUGGAGAUUAAAAAUAUAUUUUCUUAAUAACCUAAAUAUGUAAUAAAAUAUAUUUUGGAGAAUUACUAAGGUUUAGCAAAAAAAAUUAUUCAUUUCACAUUUGUUCCCUAUCCCAUACAUAUUUUAGACAGUGGAAAAAUUGUAAGUUUUACUGAUUAUAAUUCAGUUUAUUAUUUAUAUUUUAUAACAUAUAUGUAAUAUAUUGUAAUAUAGAUAUUAAAUACAAUAUUAUUUGAAUAAAUCUGGGCGUAGUCCGGGUAAAAUCUCUAGUAAUGUUAAUUAGAGUAUUUUAUCAACUCAUGUGUAGAGUUCCAAAUUUAACCGGAAAAAUAAAUGGGAAAAUUGGGAAUAUAGAACAAGUAAAGUAAAGUAUUGUCCCCUUAGAACAAAAUCAUUUUUUGUCACUUUUGGACAUUCACUACCCUUUUUGUAUAUAAAAAUUCAUAUCAAUUUUUUUAGAAAGCAAAAAAUUCUGGAAAAUUGUAUAUUUGAUGUAGAUAAGCAACUGCAUAGAAGAAAAAUAAAUUUGUAUUCAAAAAAUGUUUGAAUAAUAAUUUCAAAAAUGGGGUAAAUGGGUUAGAAAUGCAGAUCUACCAUCUACGGAGGUUUAGAAUAUAUAAUCUAACAAAGACAUAGUGAUCUACCUGUCGUAGCAUGCGCAAUACACCGAAAACAUAAAUAACUACUAGGGAAGAAUAUAAAUUCCUCGUUUCCUUUAUGCUCUACGUAACUGGUAGAUUUGAUGCACUACAAAAACAAAUUAACCUACUAAGGUAGGAAAUGCAUUAUUCGGAUUGUAUUUUUGUCUACACCGGUGGUAUACAAUAUUCUACCGGGCCUUCUAAUUUCUAAGUAGACAGAAUGCAAAUUCUACCUAAUAAAAUUACAAAAUCCGAAAAUCUAGCCAAAAACGGUUAGGAAAUAUACAGAAAAUCUUUUAAAUGUUUUUAAUUUCCUUUUUUAAUUUUUUUUCCUAAAAUCUUGUCAUCUUCUUCAACAUACCACGAUUUCUAAAAUUCAACGUGGAAGUUUUCUUCAUUUUUUAGUUCUUUCAAACUUUUGUCAUUCUAAAAUAUGAAGAUUAACGUAUAUGCUUCAUGUGGGUUGUGGAAAUCGUCUCUGAACAAUGGAUGGGGAUUUCUUGUCGAUGAAGCAAAAGGAGGCAGGUUACUUACUUUGGACACAAGUUCAAGCUUUGAAAACCUAAAGGUUAUGGUGUGUGAAGACUUUGGAAUUGAUAUUAACAUGGUCAAUAUCGAGCUGAGUUAUUUACCUUCUGAUUUGAUCAAUAGCAUCUACUCACCCCCUGUUAUCAUCACCAGUGAAAGACAAGUUCAAAAUUUUCUGACAUAUGUAAAGAACAAAGCUUCGACGCAGUUGUGUGUGAGUACUCAAGCCUCUAACAUAGCGGAAGGAGGUACGGAGUCGCAUAAUAGAGAGGAAGCGCCAAUGGAGUCCGACGAUUCAAGUGAUAUGGAUUCAGAAGAAGAUGUUGAGGUACCUGACACUGAAGAUGACAAAGAGUGUGACAAAGAGAAGAUCAAUGAAGAUGGUGUUCGCUUUUCUUUGGUGGAUGUUGUGAAGAAGGGUCAAUCUUUUACUUCCAAAACACUUUUGAAGGCAACAUUCGAAAUAUGUGCAAUGAAAAAUAAUUUCGACUACGUGGUUGUCAGAUCGGAUAAAAAAGUGUGGUAUAUUCGUUGCUCAGAUGAUGAUUGCACCUGGCGUGUUCGUGCAGAGGGCUUAACAGGCUCAUCGUAUUUUAUCAUCAAAAAGUAUGUACCUGAUCAUUCAUGUGCUGCAUCCAAUAGGAAGGGUUCUGUUAGGACAGUUUCUGCAAAAACAGUGGGCACUUUGAUUAUGCAUAAGUAUGAAACUGCUAAAGAAGGACCGAGAUCGGAUGACAUAAUCCAGUAUAUGCGUAUGGUACAUGGAGUUGAGAUAUCCUAUUCUUUGGCAUGGGAUGCCCGUGAAUAUGCAAUCAACGCAGUGAAAGGUAUUCCAGAGAAAGGUUACGAAAAAAUUCCUAAAUACUUGCAUAUGAUGAAGGAAGCUAAUCCAGGCUCACACACGUUUUAUGAAAGGGAUACAAAAGGGAGAUUCAAAUUCCUCUUCAUCUCGUUUGGUCAGAGUGUUCGCGGUUUCUAUGCUGCAAUUCGAAAAGUUAUUGUGGUGGAUGGGACGUUUUUGAAGAGCAAAUUCAAAGGAGUCUUACUAGUUGCUACUGCAUUAGAUGGAAACUCGAGUUUAUAUCCUAUUGCCUUUGGAAUUGUUGACUCAGAGAAUGACCUCGCGUGGAACUGGUUUAUGAGACAACUUAAUAUGGUCAUUGCUGACGACCAUUCUUUAGCUUUUGUGUCUGAUAGGAAUUCCUCAAUUGCUAAAGCUAUUGCGAGAGUGUAUCCGCAAGCUCAUCAUGGAAUUUGCAUUCACCACUUGCUGAAUAAUGUUGUAACAUAUUUCAGCGGAAAAGGUGUGGCUGGUUUGGUUGCAAAGGCUUCUAAAGCUUAUCGAGCCGCUGAUUUUCGUAAGGUCUUCACUGCUAUUUUUGCUAUUAGUCCUGAAAUUGGUCAGUAUCUCAUAGAUGCCGAUGUGAGGAAGUGGGCUCGUUGUCAGUUUCCGGGUUACAGAUAUGAUAUGAGGACUACUAACCCUGCGGAGUCGAUAAAUGCAGCUUUGCGUACGCCUAGAGAGUUUCCAGUGAUACCUUUGUUGGACAGCAUUAGGGAAAUGAUGACUCGAUGGUUUUUCAAGCGUAGAACUUUAAGUUCUAAGCAUUCGAAGCCACUGACCAUUGCCGUGGAGAAGAAGAUUGACAGAAGGAUUGAGAAGGGUAAAACAUUUAAGGUGUUUCCAGUUAGCGAUCAUCGGUUUUUAGUUCAAGGUGACACUUUCGACUGCUCGGUAGACUUGGUCAGACGCACGUGUUCUUGUGGGAAAUUCGAUCUGAUGAAAAUCCCAUGCAGGCACGCCAUAAAAGCAGGCUUCAGUGUUGGAAUAAGACCACACACACUCACAGACGACAUGUACACUACUGCCUCAUGGCGCUCGGCUUAUGAAGAAAGCAUAAAUCCUAUUAGCGUCCCUGAAGAUACAUGGAAAGUUCCAUCUCAUGUGGAGAAGUCGAAAAUGCUUCCUCCAGAGAGUAGACGAGCUGCGGGUAGGAGAAAGAAACGCAGAUACGAGACAGCCGAAGACAAGAUCCGUUCGUCACAAGGAACUCAACGCUCUACAGUUCGGAAAUGCAGUCGAUGUGGGAUUGAAGGUCACAAUAGGAGAACAUGUGAUAGAGCAAUAUAGGAUUCUCAAUUCGUUCAAUGCAAGUUAUGUUUCAGAGACUGUGU